CCGUAAAUUUAAAUGAACUGAAACAUCCAAUCCCGCUUAUUUUAUAAUAAUCGUAUAAUACCUCUUAACGUACGUAGAAUAUUAAUAUAUUCCACUUUGAUUAGACUAAAAAGUCCGAUAUUUGGAAUUAUUUAAUAUUUUUCCAACCAUCCAUCUAAAUAUAUACUAUCACUAAUCAAGAAAACAUAGUGUAGUAUAACUAGUCAAGGUAUCAAUGGAAACAAAGUGUCCUCCAUUUGGGUUUGCAGGGAAAUAUUACCUAAACUCAGAAGGUAGUUGUGUAAGGCAAACUAGCUUCUUUGGUGGAAAGCCAGUGCUAAAUCAAGGUGUUGGCUACUCUGUUAUUUUGGGUUUUGGUGCUUUCUUUGCCGUCUUUACAUCUUUUCUGGUGAUUUUGUUUGGGAUAAUUGCAAUAGAAAUCAAGAGAAAAGCUCCUCAUGCUCAUACAGUCUGUGAAAUUGUCAAGGCUAGGUUCUUUCACAGAUGGGGAACAGCUGCUCACGUCGUGUUUUUAAUCUUCUGUUUCCUCACAAACAUUAUAGUCACUGCAAUGCUACUUCUAGGAGGUUCUGCUGUUGUUAAUGCACUUACAGGAGUAGAUCUGUAUGCUGCUAGUUUCUUGAUACCCCUUGGAGUUGUUAUCUACACACUCGCUGGAGGACAUAAAGCCACGUUUCUCGCAAGCUAUAUACAUUCAGUGAUCGUGCAUGUGGUACUGGUAAUUUUCGUGUUUCUAGUUUACACAGCAAGUAAAGAACUUGGUAGUCCUGCUGUAAUAUAUGAGAGACUGAAAGAAGUUUCGAGCAGAUCAAGACUAUGUAUGGAGCCUAUUUCACAUGAUGGUCAAUCUUGUGGUCCAGUGGAUGGAAAUUAUAAAGGUUCUUACCUCACUAUGUUGAGCUCAGGUGGACUUAUCUUUGGGAUUAUUAACAUUGUGGGAAACUUUGGGACCGUCUUUGUUGACAAUGGAUAUUGGGUUAGUGCAAUAGCAGCAAGGCCUUCAUCAACACAUAAGGGUUAUUUGUUGGGUGGUUUGGUGUGGUUUGCAGUGCCAUUUUCUUUAGCAACUUCGUUAGGGAUUGGGGCUCUUGCUCUGGAUUUGCCUAUUAAUGCGAGUGAAGCUAUCCAUGGCCUUGUUCCUCCUGCUACCGCUGUUGCUUUGAUGGGCACAUCAGGGUCUGUUUUGAUCCUCACUAUGCUCUUCAUGGCUGUAACAUCUGCAGGAUCUGCCGAGUUGAUAGCAGUCUCAUCACUAUGCACAUAUGAUAUCUACAGAACUUACAUAAACCCAAGCGCGACAGGAAAGCAAAUCCUCAAAGUUUCAAGAAUAAUAAUCCUAGCAUUUGGGUGUUUCAUGGGAGUACUAGCAGUGAUACUUAACAAAGCAGGGGUUUCAUUAGGUUGGAUGUACUUGGCCAUGGGAGUUUUCGUUGGAUCAGCAGUUAUGCCCAUCGCGUUUUCUCUCCUGUGGAGGAAGGCCAACUCCAUAGGAGCCAUCCUAGGAGUAACCAUUGGUUGUACUUUGGGUGUCAUUACUUGGGUGACAGUAACAAAGAUCGAGUAUGGGAUGGUGAAUCUUGAUACAACAGGAAGAAACGCGCCUAUGCUUGCAGGGAACCUUGUGUCAAUUCUUAGUGGUGGAGCGAUUCAUGCUGUUUGUAGCUUCUUGUGGCCUCAGAAUUAUGAUUGGGAUACCACUAAGAAGAUUAGCAUGGUUGAGAAAGAUAAGACCGAGAUUUCUUCUGACGAGAUUGAGGAGGAGAAACUCAAGAAGGCUAAGGCAUGGAUUGUGAAAUGGGGUCUUGUUUUUACUGUUGUGAUUGUCAUCCUUUGGCCUGCUCUUAGCCUCCCUGCAGGGGUGUUUAGUCUGAAAUACUUCACAGUUUGGGUAGUCGUCGCAAUAGCAUGGGGAACUAUAGGAUCAGCAGUUAUAAUAGCAAUGCCUGUGUUUGAGAGCUGGAAAACAAUUCAAAGUGUAUUGACGGGCAUGUUCACAAACGAUAGGCUAAUCGAAAGGAUAGAGGAGUUGAACUCGAAGAUGAACACGAUCAUACUAGCAAUCCCUGAAGCAGAGCGCCUUUACUUGCUUGAGAAAGAGAAGGCAAAGAAGAAUGAUUUGUUAGAUGAUCAAGUGCAAGAAGUUCAUCAUUUAGCUUGACAAACAUUCUAUAGUUAUUGGAUAUUUGUCUAAUGAAUCAAUGCACGUCUAUUAGAUCAGAUCAUACUCUGUAUAUUGUAAUGUAUUAUUAAAAUAAUAUACAUACAAAAUCAUUGGGAUAAAAUGUUACCAAUGAAUUGAAAUAUAACUUGAAUAUACUAGAAAAUUGUUUCUGCAUACUUAGGUAACCCCUCCUGCGGAAGGUCA